AUGUCAGACAUCAAUGGGAUCAUUUUCUCUGAAAAAUAUACAAAAGACUACGAUAAGACAUUUAUUAUAUUAUACAUUGUUGAAGGACUUUUUAUUAUAUUGGUAAACUUAUUUCUGACUAUUCGGUUGUUCACAAAUCGACAGUUGAGAGCACAGAAAGAAUUUAUUGUAAUUGGAGCAUGUCUAUUUUUCGAUGUUAUUUUCGGAAUAACUUAUUUCAGUGCUGGUGUAUAUCGUGCCAUUGUAGUAUUCGUGUAUGAAAAAUUUCCCCUUGUUUCUAUGUGGGAUUGUUUCAUGACAAUUCAUAACCAAUUCUUCAUUUUUAUCACAAUUAUGGCUGGAAUUGUUCUAGUUUUCACUGCUAUCGAUCGCUUUAUUUGUGUAUUUUUUCCAAUUAGAUAUAUCAAGUUACACGUGGAAUAUGCCUACAUGCUCAUGUUUUUACCAUAUCUGAUUAUUCUCCCCUUAUGGAUACCAGCUGCAAUUGGUGCUUAUGAAAACUACUCGGUGAAAAACUUCACCAUGAACUGUCUCAUGAAUCAAGCUCUUACCAUUGACUAUUAUGUUCUCUACCGUACUAUUCGUAUUGUUUCAACAAUUGGUUGCAUCUUUUUAUAUCUUCCUAUAUUUGUAAAAAUGUGUGUACGAACUCAGAGUAUCUACAAUCACACGAAGAUAGCUCCCGGCUCCACAAAAAACGGAAAGAGAUUAUUGAGUAUGACAAAAACAGUGGCAUUGAUAACUGGAAGUACUGUUUGUUUGUUUACGGUACCAGAUCUGAUAACUUAUUUUUCUCCGUUUAUUAACUCGAACGUAAUGUAUUUGAUGAACUUGAAUAAGGGAGUUGUGAAUCUAAUUAUUUUCUUAACCACCCAAAAAUGCCUUCGCGAUUUGAUGUUUCCUCGUAGUGCCAGAAAGACGUCAGCUAUGUUUGCAUCACGAACCACAAGAACCAAUCACACUAUAAUUGUGCAUCAGAUUUGA